UCCACUGUACAACGUCAUUAUCGAACGCAAUGGAUUCCAAUUCAGAUUCAGGCGAUACGUUCUUCAAAUUGGAGCCAGAUUCGGAUAACGAGAGUUAUAGUAAUUCUAAAGUAGAACCGAGGUUGCAAUGGAGUUCGGAGAAUACUGUGAAGUUAAUUGGUAUAAUGGAGAGGGAUUGUAAGGAGUUGUGGGACGCGAGGCACCCUAUGAAUAAGGAUAGGGCGGCGCGGCAGGCUAAGUUGCAGUAUUUGGCGCUUAUGUUUGGGACGACGGUUGAGGAGAUAAGUAGGAAGAUACACAACUUGAGGACGCAGUUCAACAACGAGCUGCGGAAGAUUAAGCGGCGGCAGUGCGGGGAGGAGCGCGGGGCGGCGGGGAGCGGGUGGGAGUACUUCGAUGCCCUUUGCUUCCUGCGCUCGCCCCCCGGGGGCAACCCCCUCGAUGUGGAUGGAGUCAAUCUAGCGCUGGCUGAAUUCCAAGCCGAAGAGGAGAUGGAAUUCGGAGCCGCACUCCGAGCAAACUCCAUAAAGGCCUCGAGCCCCACCGAGACCCCAAAACUGCGUAGAGUAGCUGCGUCAGCCCCCCCACCCUUACCUCCCAGUGCCAACCCCCUGAUGUGGCCGGAGGAACCGACUCCUAGAUUAAGACCAGGGAUGGGAGCUGAUGAAUGCCAAAUUUUCGGUGACUUCGUAGCCUCAGAGCUGCGCACGCUCCGCUCAGACGACGCGCGCAAGAAACUCAAGCGCAUCAUCCAGAAGGCCAUCCUUCAGAUCGGGGAAGAAGAGGACGGCAACGGCCCCUAGCGUUGUUCGUCUCGCUCGCCCUCGCCAGACAUGAAUGCGUAGCGAACGAGAUAGAUAGAUGUCCUUGUUGCUGGGACGUCUUAAGGACUUUCAAGUGUUGUGAUUUGUGAUAUAUAUGCAGUUGAAUCUUUAGGUUCAGGACUCGAUAACGAAUUAACAUUUAUACUUAACUAUUGAAAUAUUGAUUGUACAAUUAGGCUGUGUUUAAAUUAGGAGACUGAGGCUGAGGUUUAAAUUAGGAGACAAACGGGAAUCAACUAAUAGCAUCGGUAUUCCAGCGGUACGAAGAAGAAAUGUGAAGAUGUGAUACUAUUAUUUAAUUCCCACAUGUCUAUUACCUCCGCUUCAGUGGAAAGACAGCCUAAAGGGGCACUUCUACUGAAGUUACAUUUUUACUUAUUUUCGGAGAGAAAUACAUCUGCCACUAAUCUCUUUCUGUAUUAUAUUAAAUUAAAAACAUUACUAAGUAAUCAUUUAUUUAUAAACUUUGGAACGUUGUCUUUCUUGCACAUUAGAUAAUCUUAUCAUAAAAUUUAAUAGACGUAGGGCAUAUUCCUUGUAUGGAAUUUGUGAUUUAAGUAUUAUAACAUACAUUCAUUCAUUUUAAUGUAGAUAUUUAAUUAAAUACUAUUAUUUAAGUUAAGAAGUAUUAUACCCACCUAUACAUACAUUAUACGUUUAUGUACAUUACGCAAAUGAAUAUGCAGGUACAGGAUCCUAUUAUUACAUAAAUAAUCGUAACCUAGAUAAGACCGAUAACUCACUGAUAAGCUGCAACCUGUUAUUAUUAUUAGAAAUAUGUAUACUAGAGCCGGCACGAACACUAGGUACAUAUUUAGUCACACAUUCAACUUCAACUAAAUUACUUGUUUAAAACUAGGUACCUGCCUACAAUAUAAUAAUUUUAAAAAUA